ACCUUCUUCCUUUCCUCUUGCUUCAUAUCACUUCUCAUCACAAAGUCUUCUCUCCUUUCUUCAUCUUCUCGUCAAACAUAAUGGCAAGACUCAGUAACUUUCUCUUUGUUCUUUCUCUCAUUUGCAUUCUCCCUCUUUACCUCUGCCAACAGAGCUAUGGAGGCAAACUAAACCCUGGUUACUACGCACAUUCAUGCCCGCAAGCCGGAGAGAUCGUGAGAUCAGUUGUAGCUCAAGCUGUUGCUAGAGAGACACGUAUGGCUGCUUCCUUGAUGAGACUUCAUUUCCACGACUGUUUCGUUCAGGUUUGGUUAACUUCUUCUAUACGUUCCAUCAUUUUUUGUUUGUUACGUACUGAGCAAGGUAGCUAUGAAAUGCAGGGUUGUGAUGGCUCUUUGCUUCUAGACAGCAGUGGGAGGAUAGUGAGUGAGAAAAGCUCGAACCCUAACAGCAAAUCAGCUCGUGGAUUUGAAGUAGUUGACCAGAUCAAAGCUCAACUUGAGAAACAAUGCCCUGGAACUGUCUCUUGUGCUGAUAUUCUAACCCUAGCCGCUAGAGACUCCUCUGUUCUUACUGGUGGACCAAGCUGGAUGGUCCCAUUGGGAAGAAGAGAUUCAAGAAGUGCAAGCUUGAGCGGUUCGAACAACAACAUCCCUGCACCAAACAACACUUUCCAGACAAUCCUCAGCAAGUUUAAUCGUCAAGGACUUGAUGUCACCGACCUUGUCGCUCUCUCCGGGAGUCACACUAUUGGAUUCUCGAGAUGCACAAGUUUCAGACAGAGACUAUACAAUCAGUCCGGAAACGGUCGUCCAGACAUGACAUUGGAACAAUCAUUCGCUGCUAACUUGCGACAAAGGUGUCCAAGAUCUGGAGGGGACCAGAAUCUCUCGGUGUUGGACAUCGUCAGUGCGGCGAAAUUCGACAACAGCUAUUUCAAGAACUUGAUAGAGAACAUGGGUUUGUUGAACUCGGACCAGGUUCUGUUCAGCAGUAAUGAUAAAUCGAGAGAUCUUGUAAAGAAGUAUGCAGAGGAUCAAGGAGAGUUUUUCGAGCAGUUUGCCGAGUCGAUGAUCAAGAUGGGAAAUAUCUCUCCCUUGACCGGUUCGAGUGGUGAAAUCAGAAAGGAUUGCAGGAAGAUAAACUCUUGAAUUCAUGAUAUGAGUAAAAUGUUUUUGAGGGGAAGAAAAUGUGUGACACUUGUUUACUUUGUGUGUUUUUUUUCUUAUGUCAUUUGAAGUUUCGAGGUGUGUUAUUUUGAUUUUGUAUUAAGAUAAGAAGAAAGAUUAUUAGGGAAUAUUUUAAAAUAUUUUCUAAUUUUCAGUUAAAAUAUUAGAGAAUUUUUACCAUUAUCAAUAGAAACUUGUCUAUGAAAUCUUAUCAACAUAUAUUAUUAGUAAAUUUUAAUUUUA